CGCUUUUCUCAUUCCCACCACAAACGAUCAAUAAGUUGAACGCAGUCCCAAGUGGCGGCCUUCAGGCUAUCUCAAACAUAUACAUGUCUCAUUCUACGUUAUCUCCGGGUCCCACGGCCAAGGCAGAUGAUGUGCAAGGCGCCUAUAAUCAACAUAAAGACCGUCUUGUAGACGCCAUAGAUUCCACCAAGACUAUUCUCAACGAUGUCCGAGGUUUCAACAAGGAGCACUGGGUAAUGCGCUACCCACAGCUCCAAGAGGACACCACUCGGCCGCCCGGUUCUCUCCGACGCUCUCUCUCGUUCGCCGAUGAUCCCACCGUGACGACCCCCGUUCGUAUGGGUCUCAACCGUUCGACUACUCUUGCUUCCGUGCUCGAGGCGAAGACGGACGAACCGGAGUGCUUAGAUGAAGAAUCAGCCGACCCCGCACCUUUCUCCUCUGACUUCCAUGUCUUGCGAUUGGACCUCAAGCUUGGUUCCUCAUCUGCCAGCUCCGCGAGCUCGCUCGUUUCUCAGCUUGAGAAGUCGUCGAUUGCCCACCUUUUGGAUGAGCGACUGGGCAAAUCUAUCGCUCAUAUCGACAAGCUCCGCCUGAGAGUUCAGGACACUUCUUCCAAAGUGUUGGUCACCGGUGACCUGAACGCUGGAAAAUCUACACUCGUUAACGCCCUGCUGCGCCGUGAGGUCAUGCCUGUGGAUCAGCAGCCUUGCACCACUGCAUUCACCGAAGUUCAUGAUGCUACGGAGAACGGUGGCGUCGAAGCCGUUCAUAUCGUCAAGGACGGCGCUUCGUACAACCCGCUCGAUGAGAGCACUUUUGACACCUGCAAGCUGGAGGAUCUGGAGGAACUGGUCGCAGAGCAUGAGGCCAAAGGUUCCGACCAGCUCGUGAAGGUUUAUCUGGCCGGCAAGGAUCAGACUUCGCUUCUCUCCAACGGGACCGUCAACAUCUCCCUUAUCGAUGCUCCGGGUCUCAACCGCGACUCGCUGAAGACAACCGCUCUGUUCGCUCGACAGGAGGAGAUUGACGUUGUCGUCUUUGUCGUGUCGGCUGAGAACCACUUCACGCUCUCGGCCAAGGAGUUCCUUUGGACCGCGAGCAACGAGAAAGCAUACUUGUUCAUCGUUGUCAACAAGUAUGACAUGAUCCGGAACAAGGACAAAUGUCGGCGGGUGGUUCUGGACCAGAUCAAGGGCCUCAGUCCUCGAACGUUCGAAGACGCCGAGGAUCUGGUGCAUUUCGUUGACUCCGCGGCUGCUGCCGAGGGCGCCGAGCCCAAAGACCCCUUUGCCUUCAAGGAGAUGGAGUCUGCGCUGCGGUCCUUUGUGCUCACGAAGCGCGCCAAGUCCAAGCUGCAGCCUGUGGAGACUUUCUUGCUCAACUUGCUGAGCGAUCUCGAACUUCUCUCUUCGGCGAACAAGCUCGUUGCCGCUGCUGAACUCGAGGCCGCGCGAGCCAAUCUCGCGGAAGCCAAACCUGUACUGGACAAGAUGCGGGCUGGCCGCGAUCAUCUGGAAGAAGGUCUGGAGGCUGUCGAGGACGCCGGUGUUUCUGAGGCUUCGGACAAGGCCCGGAAGAUUCUCGAUGACGCUUUGGCAGCUGUCGGAUCGGGUAAGGCCGCUGCCGGUGUGCUCUUGCCGUCAUACCCUGGCCUCCUCGCCGUUUUCGACUACGCCCGUGACGUUCGGCGCAGUCUGCUGGAGUCUCUCGACCGUUCCGUCAAGCUUGCUGAAGACGAGGCGCGUGACGUAACAUCCGAUGGUGUCACUCGGAUCCGCAAUCUUGGCGAAGUGCACCUGCCUAUCGGAGUUGAGCGCAGCCGUCGGGUCUUUAUGCCGGAGGCGAUGUUCUCUGCUGUCCGCCGCGGCCGCUCUUCCGGUGCUCAGAAGCAUCGUGCAGUGGUCGUGGCCGGCGGUGCACAGGGCCUGGGUAUCGGCCUGGUUUCGCGACCCGACAUGCAGGAGACGACGUUCCUGGACCUGUUUGACGUCAACCACCAGUUCCUGGUGCACUUCGGAGACUCCAAAUCGACGGACGCCGAUGCCUCGCCGAGUGCGCUUGGUCUCGUCGGUGUGGGUGUGGGUGCCUUGACGAUGGUCGGCGGGCAAGCGGUUGGCCUCCGAGGUGCGAUCGAAGGGUUCGUGCGUCUGAGCGAUUUGUUCGCCAACGAGACAGCACGUAAAUGGGCGCUCCCCGCUGUCGGGGCUGUGACUAUCGGCGCGGUCGUCUACGUUGUACUCGAGCUCCCGAGCAGCAUUCCCCGGACCAUUGGUCGGCGCAUCCGGGCUGCGGUUGAGGACGAGAACGAAACCGAGCUGCAAUGGGAGUCGCAGCACGUCAUCCGGAUCGGUCGCGAGACUCGCAAGGUGCUGCGCUUGGCAUCGUGGGAUCUGCGUGAACGAUUCCGGAGUGCGAUGGAAGAGAGGGGGAAGGAAGUCAAGAACGCUGAGGACAGCGAAAAACGCGCACUCAAGGCUCAGGAAUGGUUCACUGAUGUGAGCGACCGGGUUGCAGCCGUUCGUGCGACAGCACACCUCGGUGAAGAGUGUGCGAUUUAA